UUCACAAUCAUCAGUAUAAUAGUCGCCCCAGCUCUUUUCAUCAUCAACACUCCUUUCGGACGUUCUGCUCUCAAUGGAAAAAGUAUUCUUCUACUUGAUGGUGUAAAGUCAUGGAUAGCGAUGGAAAUAGUGGCUCCUCUAAUGUUCAGCCUUUUUUUCUUGAAAUCACCACUCUCUCGGGGAGAGGCAGUGUCAUUUGAACCUUCUCUCGCUCAGUCUAUCUUAAUAGGGGCCUAUCUGGUUCAUUAUUCCAAUCGCGCCAUCAUUUCGCCUCUCCGUACACCGUCACGGUCCCAAUCUCAGAUCAUAGUUGCAAUCGCUGGAGUACUGUUCAAUGUCUUGAACGGAUCGCUAAUGGGAACGUAUAUCUCCUCUCCAGCGGCAUUCGCACAUAUCUCACACGUUCGGCCGUCAUUCUCUGUUGGACUCAGCCUUUGGGCCAUCGGCUUCUCUGGAAAUAUAAUCCACGAUGAAAGUUUGCAGAAUAUCCGGCGUAAAGCAAAAACCAAAGGUGCUAUUAUGUGUCUUCUCAUGAGAGAAUUCGAGCAGAAUUCCGAGAGGGAUGCUCAACAAAAAUAG